AUGAGCAGAAAGCGGCAGCUAACGAUGGAGGAGGCGUUUGGUGCUGGUGGUACCAUCAGAAGGUCGGUGGGUGAUGGCCAUGAUGAAGGUGGAGGUGAUCUGCCUCGGCCUUCAGUUGGCAAAAAGCCUGAGGCUACGGCUAAAGCUACUGCUAAGCAUCUGGCCGUUGGCGGGAGUCCUUGCCGCGCACGUCGCUCCAGAGCCGCCGCGCGCAGUUCCAGUGGUCCACGUCGGUCCAGAGAAAGUUCCUCGUCGGAUACAGGCUCUUCAGAGCUAUGGGAACCUGAAGCUGACCCAAACAGCAGUGACUCAUCCCCCGAUUCCCCCAGAGCAACCGGCAGAGCAGUAAGCAGAGUGCUGGCCCAAUCCAGGAGUACUAAUGCUGGUAAAAGGAGGCCUACAGGCGCUACAUUGAGCAGAGGCGCUGCCAGCGUGAGUCCUGCAAAUACAGGUGUGAAGAAAAGAGUUGCAAAGGGUAAAGGCGGCACCUGGCGGAAAUCCGGAUGGAAACCCACUGUGUUCCCCUUCACUGCAACGCCUGGUCCCCUGAACGCGGCAGCAGAGCUGGAGUCCACCUCGCCUGCUGACUUCCUGGAGCUAGUCCUUCAGACGCGGCCUUCAGCGUGUGUUUGUGGAUUCUGUGGAGAAGAGGAGGAUGGUGAAAGAGAUAAGGUUUUUUUGGCGCCAGCUCAAAACCCCGAUGGAAAGUCCCGGCUGUGGACUCGCAGACAGACGCGCUGCACCUGCCCUUUAUUCAGACGGACCGCUUCUGUGUGUGUGGCCUCAAUGUGGGCCAGCGACGCACAAACCGGGUCACUUCACUUCCUCUAA